CCCAAGCAAGCAGUUCACCACCAAGCCAUCCACAACCAUCAGUGAAGCCCACCGCCAUCGCCAUCGCCACCGCAUCCCGCAGCCAGCCAUCCACAGCAGCAACGACGUUGAGGGCCGCAACCACCACCUCGUCCUGCUUCUUGUCGGGCCCGCCUCCUCAUUCGCCGUCGCCGAACGUCACCGAGCUCGCCGAGCCCGCCUCCUCAUUCGCUGUCGCCAAGCUCGCCUACUCGUUGGGGCGUCGCCGACACCGCGUCCUCACUCGCCGCCGUUGCCGCAAUGCAAGAGAUACAGUUGUAUCGAGAUCGAAAAGAAAGUUUUGGAAGGGAAAGUGCGUUGAAAGCAAUUAAGAGACUUGAACCUGGUAAAUGGUGGAGGCUACACGGUGUGAGUGCUUCUAACUUGCAAAAAAUAACAAUUCGUCUUUUUCAUCAAACAUCUUCAUCAUCCGACUGUGAGAGGAACUGGAGCCUCUUUGAACAAAUCCAUUCAAAGAGGAGGAACCGAUUAGAGUAUCAAAGGCUAAGUGACAUUGUUUAUGUCACUUAUAAUAUACGCCUUCAAUCUAAAAUGCAUUGCAAGAAGAAGAAUUAUGAUCCAAUUGACAUUCAAAGCAUUGACACAGUAGAUUUUUGGGUAAUGCCGAAUGAAGAUGAUCCUGAAUUUAUUAAUGGAGACAUCGAAUGCAUUGAAAAUUUAAUUUACACGGAUAAUGCUAUGCCUUCAUAUCCUAAAGUUUUCUAUUUUAUUUUAUUAGAUGGAGGAGACGUGGAAGUUGAUGUGGAUUUGCUUAAUGUUGCUUAUUCUUCAAAUACAGCUUCUUUUGGUGGUACUUCUAAUGAUGGUGGCUUUGGACUACCUGUUUAUGAUGGAGAUGUUGGAACACUUAAUGAUAAUUAUGAUUUUUGAUGAGUUGCACCUUUGAUUAGUUGAAAACUUGCUAGUAAUUGUUUCUUUUGAAUGUAGAACAUUAUGGGUUUGUUAUUAUGUGCAUUUUUUUGUUUAGUUAUAAAUUUUGAUGUUUGAAGUUGUUUGUGAACCUCUAAUAUUAAGUAAUGGAUAAUUUAUUAU